AGAAAUCCGUCUCUGCUGCCGUUUCAUCUGCGAAGCAGUCGCCCAUCCAUACACUCUCAUCUUCAUUCACAUCUCCCCCAGCAAAAGACACCUCCACUCCAAAAGACGCCGUACCCAGAGAUGCGCCUGUCUCGCGGCGUCUUGACAUUUCGCUCCCCUGGUCUUCCAAUUCUCGUUCUCCUUCCCGUUCCUCAGUAUCCCGCUCGGUCUCCCGCACACGAUCGAAAUCACAACCCAAGCUCCGCUCACCCUACCCUCACACGGAUGGAUGUCGCCAAGGACGGAAGUUGUCCACUGUACAAGGAUCCCCUGUUGUUAAGGGCGCAAAGAAGCUCGGACCUGCCCCCCUCAGUCCUGUCGAUACUCAGAACAUGAGUGGUAACACGAGCAACAACUCUGGGUUGUUCUCGCUCAAUUCGCUCACGCCAGUUCGGAAACCGCUUGGACCGAAUGCACCUUCAAAUCUCGCUCUCAGAGACAUGGAAGGUGGUAGAAAGAAGAGCGCGAGGACAGGGAGGGAAAACACGCCACGUGCAAAAGAAAACACGCCAAUCACGGAUAGCAAAGGCAACACCCCCCAAAACAAAGGAAAUAGCACACCCAAAAUGAGCGGUCGUAAACCUCGUUCGCGUUCUCGAGCGGGUGUAUUGGCAGACCUGACGGGUUUUGCGAAGAAUGUGGAUUUGGGUGCGCAUGGGUUGCCGAAGGCGAGGGCGAAGGGGACUUUGAGGAGCGUUUCGGACUUGAGGAAUGUUUCGAAGACAGAUGUUAGGAGCGCGUCAAGGCCGGACCUUCGUAAUGCAUCGAAGACGGACGUUCGAAGUGUAUCACGGACCGAUGUCAAUGUCGCACAGAACACGUCGAGGACAAGUCUGAACGAGCACCACACCCCCAAGGCUUCUGCUGCAGACCUCGCGAACGUAUCAACAACCGUAAAUGUCAGCGGCAUGGCCGAUACCACGUCCUCGACCGUAGGCAAAGGCAGCGUACGUGACCGUAUGCGCGAGUGGGAGCGCGAACGCGAACGGUUGCGGGAGAUGGAGAGACUGACGGAGAUGCAGCGCGAAGCUGAGUCCAUUAUGACGUCAGCCAACGGAAACAUUAACGAUGAUGAGACGGAGUUGAGUGACGAAGAGGUGGAGUGUGCGAUUCAAAGGGAGGAGGUUCAGGAGGCACGUCGUUCCCCCAUUCCGAGCGGGCAGAGGAGUCCCGUGAAGAUGCACGUCAAACACGAAGUGUCGACAGAGGAGACAGAUAGCGAGAUUGAUGCGAAUGUUACGAGCUAUCGUGCGGAUUUGAGCUCAGAGCAUAUAGAGAUUGCGAGAAUAGGCGUGAGGGCGAGCGCGCAGUUGUUGGAGAUGAGCAAAGGAAGUGUUUCGGUGCUUGGAAUAGACAGGAGCUAUUCAGCGUCGACGGCACCUGCUGAAUGUAACCUCCCAAGUGAAAUGCGUCGGGCGAGUGAGUCUGGAUUUGUUGGACUUAAACACAGCGUGAAAGCUUCUAUCGAUAAAGGCGUUCGGAUGUACAAGUCCUCGACGCUUGGCCAAAUCACGAGUGGUCGUACGACACCUGUGUGGUGUGCUUCUCCGGAGCCCAUUGAGUUUGAACAGCGCCGCUCGGGUGAAGCUGGGAGAUUCAGCUAUGAGGAUAUUCGCCCAGAGGAUUCCGCUGAGAAGGACCGAGAGACAGCUAUAGAUCGAAUGAAUCUCUGGAUUCAGAAUGUUGAGAGAGUCGUUGAGGAAACGCGCCAGAACUUUGCUUUUGCGUCCACCAGCAUCACGCCGCCUCCUGCGCUUCCGCUCUCGCCGCCCAUUUCACGUUCUAGUUCUCAGGCGCUCAAUGCCAAUAUGUCGCGUUCAUCUUCGCGCCUUCCAAGGCGCAUGCUUGCUGCGAAUGAGAUAUUUUGUAAUGACCCCAAUGCGCCGCUGUCCCCAGGACGAUCGGCACUCGCGGAUCAGAGCAACUCGUUCUCGGGGUAUCUCUCUCCUGAUGACUCUGGGUUCACCCAGCGUGCUGGUGUGCCUACCAUUAAUGUGCCUGCUCAGACUCCCCGACGCCAGCGUCGUGCCACCAUCUCGACGCGCUCGCCCAAGGCCGAUGAAAAUGACAUGGAUGGUUUGGGCUCGCCGUCGAAGAGAAGGGAGAAGUCACGGUCUCAGGGAAAUUUAGACAGGCACAUCAGACCUAUUGAUAAGCUAGAGUUUGAUCUUACGAGAGAAACAGUAGUAGCGCCUACGCCACGGUUGUCUGCAGUAUUGGAUCGGAAGAUGUUCAUCGCGCCUCCAUUCAUGCCAUGGUCAGGUGAUGUAGAUGGGACUGACAUGCAAACACCCCACCCGAUCAGACGACGGUCAAUUCUGUUCGAUGACAGUGAUAUUACUGCGUCUCCUUUCCAUGUGGAACCUUAUCCACCGCGCAAGUCUGGGGAGCAAAUGGUCAUCAACUCACCUGAUCAACGUCGUGUGGAAGGUGUCUAUGACCGCUUCCUCAUGUCUACCACAGGUGUCAAGCGCGUCGGCAAGGGAUACCAAUCUGAGAACCUCCAACCUGUUCCUACUGCGUCCUCCACUUUGGAAUGUAAACCAACAAACAGCAAUCCGCGUAACUUCAAGGUGUUUAAUUCUUCUCGACGGACGAUGCCUCAGCCGGUGUCUAGUGAUGACAUGUGGGGCAAUACAUCUGUGGAUGAGCUUGGUGUUGUAGCUUGCAGUGCAAGCACAUCACGCUCGUCUAAGGAGGAUGGCAAGAACACUGCUACUGCUGCAAUCGUUCUCCGCGCGUUCAAGGCGAUAGUGCCUGGAAGGACAGUCUCCAGAAGAUUGUCCCGCACUAUUGUUGGCUGAUUCUAAUGAGUAUAUUUAUUAUUCAUUUGGUUUCUUUAACUUCCUCAUUUUCACUUCUCAUUCAUCCAUUACGCUCGCAUUACUUGCUUGGUUCUAAUUUCUGGGUGCGCAUGGUUGCCGUUCCCCAUGUCAUUUCUCUGUCACCAUGAUUAUUCCCUCUUUUGGAGCAUACAUACCCUUCCCGUCAUCAAGUUUUCAUUGCUCUUAUAUAUUGCUAUUGUCAUGAUUUAUCCUCUUUCACAUUACCCGCACCUUCGAUCACCCUCAUGCUCACGUCAUUUUCACGAUUUUGCAUCACGCACUUCAUGAACGUCUUGGUUAUUGCUUUUUAUGCUAUAAUUUCACCUCUCGCAAUGUUGUCGCAUUUUUCCUCGUGAUACUUCGCGGCGCCUUCAUG